GAUGAGCCUUGUUUCUGUUCUAUAACGCAACACAAAGAGACACGUCAUGUCAGAGCGGAUGAAUGGGACUGCGCAUGCGCUUCACUCCUUGAGUCGGGCUGAGCAGAGAGCAGAGAGAAGAUGAGGGUGUUGUGUGUUUGUGCUGUGUUUGCUACCCUGGCCCUUGUGGUGAUGGGAGAGGAAGGAGCUCGCCUGCUGGCCUCCAAAUCCCUGCUGAACCGCUACGCUGUGGAGGGACGAGACCUCACUCUGCAGUACAACAUCUACAACGUGGGCACCAGUGCUGCACUGGAGGUGGAGCUCUCAGAUGAUUCGUUCCCUCCUGAGGAUUUCGGAAUCGUCUCUGGAAUGCUGAAUGUGAAAUGGGAUCGCAUCGCUCCGGCCAGUAACGUCUCUCACACUGUGGUCCUGCGUCCACUGAAGGCUGGUUACUUCAACUUCACCUCAGCAUCUGUCAGCUACCUCGCCCAAGAAGGAGGACAGGUUGUGGUCGGCUACACCAGUGCCCCGGGGCAGGGGGGGAUUCUGGCCCAGAGGGAGUUUGACAGACGCUUUUCUCCCCAUUAUCUGGACUGGGCUGCUUUCGGGGUGAUGACUCUGCCUUCCAUCGGCAUCCCGCUGCUCCUCUGGUACUCCAGCAAGAGGAAAUACGACUCUCCCAAGACCAAGAAGAACUAAUGGAGGGUGUUAAAGGGUCAUGGCUGGGGGGUAAAAUGUGCUUUUGAGGGGUUUCAGUAAUUUUAUUACCCAUAUUGGGGGUAACAUGACCAUGGAUGUGAGUGUGAACAGGUUUAUUGGGAUUCCUGUAUUUCUUUUUCCUCAUCCGUAUGGAUUCAUACAGAAAUCAUCUUUCUUUCCUCCAAAUCCUUUCCCUCACAGCCAGCAGCUUCAUUUUGUGUUUGUUUUUUGGUAAAUGCGUUAAAGACGUCGGAGAUCUGCAGUGAGAAAUAAAAGUGGGUUUUUACAGAAACUA